AUGGCCAGCGAGGUCUUGCAGGCGACACCUUAUCGACUCAGUGCGGCGAAGAAUGUCGCACCGCGACCGAGGAGCUCCGAUUGUAUUCGACUUGUGGGUCGUAAGCCGCAGGAACUUUGGUCGGGAUUCCAGCACCGACUUGGAUCGACGUCUUUCAUUGGGGCAGCUCUAGGCAGUCAGAAGGGCGACCGGGUGACAGGAGACAGCGACAGUGACAGCGAAGAGGGAGAUGUGAUGCAGGAGAGUCUCGUGUCAAACGGACUUCGUGCCACUGAACGGGUUCGAUGUCGGUCGGUAGUCGAGAGAGAGGACUGUGCGUCCGAUCCUGAAGACUCGUCGUCACUGCUGAGUGCAGCGCAGAAGGCUGGAUGUUUCAGCUACAUCAAGCGGAGGUAUAGCAUCGCACUGGCCUUUGCCUCCACGGACUCGAGCGAAGACACGCAAGAGCCAAGCCACAACUUGAUGCUGGAGCAAGGUGAUGCCAUUGCGUCCAAUUGGGAACCUGUCAAGACAAAGAACGGCGUGCAGUUGUUCAAGUCAAAACGUUCGCGGUGCGAAGUGCUUGGUGUCACCCUAGUGAACGCGUCGGUGAAAAACGUCAUGUCCAUCUUGGCAGCAGGGUCAACAACAGAAGCCUUUUUAGAUGCCCAGAAGAUCAUCCUGGGAACCGACCAAGUGAUUGAAGCCAAGGUCUUGGCCUCGUGUGCAGAGCCGACGACCUCGCGCUAUUUUCACUGCGGCCUCAAGUACCAAGCGAUGAAGAACCCGUUUGGCACGACGCCGCUGGAUCUCGUGUACUUGGACUACACGGACGUGAGUACCACAUCUGAUGGCAAGUUGAUCGGGUACCGCAUCAUCGAGUCCAUCCGCGUCCCCGAGUUACGAACGUCACCCAAGUACGUCCGAGCAUCGAUCCGAUGUGAAGUGUACACUGUACAGGAGACGGAUACGCCAGGGGUCGUGGAGGUGACGUUCGCCUCGCAUCUGGACCCAAAGAGCAAGUGCUCGUCUCGACGGUCGCAAUGGCUCGAGCAAGCUGGUGUCCGCCUUUCCAACCUACGAGCUCAUGCUGAAAAGACGAGCAUUGGCAACCACGUCCUGUCGGAUCCCAAGCGGGUUGUAGUGAACCGCAAGCACCGCUCGUUCACGAGUGGAGACAAGGACAAGCAGCAACGGAACUGCAACGUGUGUCAACACGCCUUCUCCUUUCUUCGGAAACGCCACGACUGUCGCGUCUGUGGGGAUGUGAGCUGUGGUCGCUGCUGUCGGAAGAUGGCUGUGCUCGUGGGUCUCGAGUCCACGCGCGUCAAAGUUUGUCUUAGCUGCAUCUUGCACUCGAGGAACAAUCCGGACGAAAUCCGACGCGGUGAACUCGGGCAACGCUCAAGUCGUCGCGACAUUAGCAACACGACGUUUAUUAUCUACGACGAGUGA